CUCGGAGCGCGCAGGCAGCGGCUGGGCUUACUGGAUCGGCCCCUCCCUCUGUCUCCUUCUGGCCGUAGAUCGUGUGUAGGGGCCCGGAGUCGGAGCGCGGAGAGCCGGGGAGGAUAGUGGCGUGCGGGGACGGGCGCAGCAUCUUCGUUCCCGGGACGCGCAGACCAAGAGGAGGCGAAGGGGUGUCGGGUCCUGGUAGCUGCUGGAGCUCCAAGGUGACCAAGGAUGGCAGAGAGGAUGUGACUGUCACCCACCUUUGUCCGCCCUCCUCGUGGCACCACCAUGCAAAAGCCCAGUGGUCUGAAGCCCCCUGGCCGAGGGGGGAAGCACUCCAGUCCGGUCGGCAGGCCGUCCAUCGGGUCCGCCUCAUCCUCUGUGGUAGCAUCAGCCAGUGGCUCCAAGGAAGGGUCUCCCCUGCACAAGCAGGCAUCCGGCCCCUCCUCGGCUGGAGCCACCACCUUGGUCUCUGAGAAGCCAGGUCCAAAGGCAGCUGAAGUGGGUGAUGACUUCCUGGGAGACUUCGUGGUGGGCGAGAGGGUGUGGGUGAAUGGCGUGAAGCCAGGCGUGGUACAGUACCUGGGAGAGACACAGUUUGCGCCAGGCCAGUGGGCCGGCGUGGUCUUGGAUGACCCGGUGGGCAAGAAUGAUGGAGCUGUGGGUGGCGUGCGCUACUUCGAGUGCCCGGCUCUGCAGGGCAUCUUCACACGGCCCUCCAAGCUGACUCGCCAGCCCACGGCCGAGGGCUCGGGCAGUGACGCCCACUCAGUGGAAUCCCUCACCGCCCAGAACCUGUCCCUGCAUUCCGGCACGGCCACGCCCCCACUCACCAGCCGAGCCGUCCCUCUGCGGGAGAGCGUGCUUAACAGCUCCAUGAAGACGGGCAAUGAGUCCGGUUCAAACCUCUCCGACAGUGGUUCUGUGAAACGCGGUGACAAGGACCUUCACCUGGGAGACCGUGUGCUGGUCCAGCGAGAGGCCCUGACAUUGAGCUCCGGCCCGUACUUCCAGUGCCCACCCAAGUUUGGUCUCUUUGCACCUAUCCACAAGGUCAUCCGAAUUGGUUUCCCGUCUACCAGUCCAGCCAAGGCCAAGAAGACCAAGCGUAUGGCUAUGGGUGUCUCUGCCUUGACCCACAGCCCCAGCAGUUCUUCCAUCAGCUCUGUCAGCUCUGUGGCCUCCUCUGUUGGUGGCCGGCCCAGCCGUAGUGGCCUGCUCACGGAGACCUCUUCACGCUAUGCCCGGAAGAUCUCAGGUACGACAGCUCUGCAGGAGGCACUGAAGGAGAAACAGCAGCACAUCGAACAGCUGCUGGCUGAGCGGGACCUGGAGAGGGCCGAAGUAGCCAAGGCCACCAGCCAUAUCUGUGAGGUGGAGAAGGAAAUCGCCCUGCUGAAGGCACAGCAUGAGCAGUAUGUUGCAGAAGCGGAGGAGAAGCUGCAGCGCGCACGGUUGCUGGUGGAGAACGUGAGGAAAGAGAAGGUGGAUCUGUCCAAUCAGCUGGAGGAGGAGAGGAGGAAGGUGGAGGACCUGCAGUUCCGGGUGGAAGAGGAGUCCAUCACCAAAGGAGACUUGGAGACCCAGACCCAGCUGGAGCAUGCGCGCAUUGGUGAGCUGGAGCAGAGCCUGCUACUGGAGAAGGCGCAGGCCGAGCGGCUGCUCAAAGAAUUAGCGGAUAACAGGCUGACCACAGUGGCCGAGAAAUCUCGGGUGCUGCAGCUGGAGGAGGAGCUGAGCCUGCGGAGAGGUGAGAUUGAAGAGCUGCAGCACUGUCUCCUCCAGUCGAGCCCACCGCCCCCAGACCACCCGGAGGCCGCCGAGACCCUGAGGCUGCGAGAGCGGCUGCUGUCGGCCAGCAGGGAGCACCAGCGGGACAGCACCUUGCUCCAGGACAAGUACGAGAAGAUGCUAAAGACCUACCAGACCGAGGUGGACAAGCUCCGGGCGGCCAACGAGAAGUACGCCCAGGAGGUGGCCGACCUCAAGGCCAAGGUCCAGCAGGCCACCAGCGAGAACAUGGGACUCAUGGAUAACUGGAAAUCCAAGCUGGACUCACUGGCCUCUGAUCACCAGAAGUCCCUGGAGGACCUGAAGGCCACGCUGAACUCCGGCCCUGGCGCUCAGCAGAAGGAGAUCGGAGAGCUGAAGGCGCUGGUGGAGGGCAUCAAGAUGGAGCACCAGCUGGAGUUAGGCAACCUGCAGGCCAAGCACGACCUGGAGACGGCCAUGCACGGGAAGGAGAAGGAGGGCCUGCGGCAGAAGCUGCAAGAGGCCCAGGAAGAGUUGGCUGAGGUGCAGCAGCACUGGAGGGCGCAGCUGGAGGAGCAGGCCAGCCAGCACCGGCUGCAGCUCCAGGAAGCCCAGGACCAAUGUCGGGACGCCCAGCUGCGCGUCCAGGAGCUGGAAGGACUGGACGUGGAGUACCGAGGCCAGGCGCAGGCCAUAGAGUUCCUCAAAGAGCAGAUCUCGCUGGCUGAAAAGAAGUUGCUGGAUUACGAGAUGCUGCAGAGGGCGGAGGUCCAGAGCAGGCAGGAGGCGGAGCGGCUUCGGGAACAGCUUCUGGUGGCUGAGAACAGACUGCAGGCGGUCGAGUCCCUGUGCUCAUCCCAGCACGGCCAUGUGAUCCAGUCCAGUGACCUAUCUGAGGAGAAGAUUCUGAUGAAGGAGACUGUGGAGGGCCUACAGGACAAGCUGAACAAGAGGGACAAAGAGGUGGCAGCCUUGACAUCUCAGAUGGACAUGCUCAGGGCCCAAGUAAGUGCCCUGGAGAACAAGUGCAAGUCGGGAGAGAAGAAGAUGGAUUCUCUCCUGAAGGAAAAGAGACGCCUAGAGGCAGAGCUGGAGACGGUGUCUCGGAAGACCCAUGAUGCCUCAGGCCAGCUGGUCCACAUCAGCCAAGAGUUGCUACGGAAGGAGAGGAGCCUGAAUGAGUUAAGGGUGUUGCUGUUGGAAGCGAAUCGUCACUCCCCAGGGCCCGAGAGAGACCUGAGCCGUGAGGUUCACAAGGCUGAAUGGCGGAUAAAGGAACAGAAACUGAAGGAUGACAUCCGGGGCCUGCGGGAGAAGCUGACUGGGCUGGACAAGGAGAAGUCCCUGUCAGAGCAGAGACGCUACUCCCUCAUCGACCCCGGGUCAGCCCCCGAGCUGUUGAGGCUGCAGCACCAGCUGGUGAGCACAGAGGACACCCUGCGAGAUGCUCUGGACCAGGCCCAGCAGGUGGAGAGGCUGGUGGAGGCCCUGAGGGGAUGCUCAGAUAGAAUUCAGACCAUCAGCAAUUCCGGUUCUGCCAAUGGUAUCCACCAGCCAGACAAGGCCCACAAACAGGAGGACAAACACUGACCCCAAGGGACAUCACGGACCGGGCCCCCUUCACACCAGAGCCCUGCCAGGCUUCCCGGCAGCACCACCUUCAGGCAGGAGCCAGCGCUGUCCCUUGGAGAUGAGACUGUUUGUACUGGCCUCACUGCCGUGGACAAGUUCCACCUGAACCCCCUGCCGGCCCAGGAGGCUCCCGUAGACACAGCCUUCCACAGGGCGCAGUACGGCUGGGCCUGGCCCCGGAGAAUCUCUCUUGUCCCAGGGAGCUUCUCGAAUUUGCAGAGGCUGAAGCAAUCCAGUUGGGCCUCUCUUGGCUAUAGCAGGCUGUCCUAAAGCUUGUCUGGGCAGCUGGUUACUUCUUGGCCUCCCUUUCUUCUGAUGUCCCCAGGUCCCCUUGCAGGCACCUGAGGGAUGAAGCGGGGGGCCCUGCUUGGACAGAUACACACACUGAGAAGGGCUUCAAUCUUCAGAAACCAGAGAGGGGGUUCCUCGCUUCACAUGCCGAGCCUCUUUUACACAUUGGUACAAGGUCUCUUGGGCCUCUCUAGCCAGGGAAGAUCUGGGGGUGACGGGCUCUUUAUUCCUCGACGCCAAGCUAUUCUAUGUACCCGCCUCCCACCUGCCUUCCAGAAAGCACUGAGCAGACAGCUACAGUAUUAGGUGAGCGCGCAAACCCACCCUUGCCCCCAUCUUGACCUUGAGCUAGGCCUGCCCUUGGGGCUUGGAUCCGAGAGCAGGUACGGAACUCUUUAAACAGAGCAUCAUAUGGUGUUGAACUGGGUGAGGGAAAUCAACCUGGCUCCCUUUAUUUCUGGGAGCCUCUGUUACUCCAAAGACUCCAGCGUCCCACAGAGGGGCCCUGCUGCUGUCUUCCCAGGCAGGACAGUGUGGUUAAGUCCCUCAGGAUGGCCCAGAUGGCCUCUGUGAGCACUGCCAGGCGCUGGCAGGUGGCGGUCACUCUUGCCCUUAGGGAGGAAGAGUCGAAUUAGCCCUUUCAGCCCAACCCCUGCUUCCCGUUGGCUUUUGGGCCGCACUUGCCUUUAACAACAGCAGCCUAGAGCCUAGGACUGAUGCUUUAGCGGCCCAACCGCAGAGCCAAGUACUGCUCUUCCCAGCACAACUGGGCAGCUCCUAGAUUAGGAUUAACAGCCAAAGGCUCCCACAGGAGACCAGACAGGGCUGAGCCCCAGCCUGGAGUGGGCUUGCACCUGGUAGGUGUGCGAGAAGCCAUUCCCCACAAGCACUGGCCUUUGUAGUGCCCCCCAGCCUACCUGGUGUGGCCACCCAGCUGUGGCUCAGCCAUCCCUCCCCCCCCCCAGUGGAAUUGUGGAAGUGUGGCAAGUCCAUGUUUGGACAAUAAAGCUUGUGACUGAG